AGUCGCAUUUCUUCUUCGCACAUCAUUGUAAUAAGUUGGUUUUUUAAUUGUGUAAAACAACUGCAAAUAGUUUUUUCAUAUUUUUUAACGUAACUUAAUAUUUUUUAAAAUAAUUUUAACAAAAAAAAUUUUAAAAUAUUGCACGAAAACGCAAUCAAUUAAAAGAAAUAAAGAUAUAUUUUAAUAAAAAGAUAAUACGAACAUCAGUCACAAAGCCAGCGAAAGUGUGUAACACCACAAAAGUGAGAAUAAAAACGUAUUUAGGGAAAAAAUAAAAAAAGCAAGUAAAGAGUUGGCGGAAGAAUAUAAGCCAAAAAAGAAUUUAUUACUGUGUAUGUGUGUUAAAAUUAUAUAAAAAUUGUUAAUUAAAAAAAAAUUGCAAAAAGUGCAAUUAUAAGAUAAUUUUGUUGUUUAAACAAAUCUAAUAAGAAACAAACAAAUCUUAAACAAUGUCAGUCAACAAAUUCACGAAAGGCUUAUCAGCAGACGAGAAAGCUGAAAUACAAGAGAAAUUCAUAGAGAUUGAUGCCAACAAAGAUGGUUUCAUUGACCUUAGUGAACUUAAAGAAGCUCUUGAUCAGGUCGGCUUUAAAUUGCCCGGCUAUCAGGUGCGUGAGAUGAUCGAUGAAUUCCAAAACAAACAACGUACCUCUCAUCAGGGUAAAUUGAAUUUGGAGGAAUUUGAAAAUCUUUGCUUAGACCUGAAAUCAAAAGAUGUGGCCAGUACCUUUAAAACAGUGGUGUCUAAAAAAGAAAAUCUCGAAACGUUGGGCGGUAUGUCUAGCAUCUCUUCGGAGGGUACCACACAUUCCGUGCGUCUCGAAGAACAAUUGGCCUUUUCCGAUUGGAUUAAUUCCAAUUUGGGUCAUGAUCAAGAUUUAAAACAUUUGCUGCCCAUUGAUAAUGAGGGCAAACGCCUGUAUCAAUCCAUUAAGGAUGGUAUUUUAUUGUGUAAAAUCAUUAAUCAUUCCUGCCCCGAUACAAUUGACGAAAGAGCCAUCAAUAAAAAGAAUCUUACGGUUUAUCGUGAAUUUGAAAAUUUGACUUUGGCUUUAGUUUCAUCACAAGCUAUUGGCUGUAACAUUGUUAAUAUUGAUGCUCACGAUUUGGCUAAAGGCAAACCACAUUUAGUAUUGGGUUUGUUGUGGCAAAUCAUUCGUAUUGGUCUCUUCAGUCACAUUACCUUGGAUAGUUGUCCUGGUUUGGCUGGUCUCUUGUUCGAUGACGAACGUCUAGAGGAUUUGAUGAAAUUGUCUCCUGAAGCCAUAUUGUUGCGUUGGGUUAAUCAUCAUUUGGAACGUGCUGGCAUUCAACGUCGCUGCACCAAUUUCCAAUCCGAUAUUGUGGAUUCGGAAAUCUAUUCACAUUUGUUGAAACAAAUUGCUGGCAAUGAUGCGGAUGUUAAUUUGGACGCCUUACGUGAGACCGAUUUAACAUCUAGAGCCGAAAUUAUGUUGCAACAAGCAGCCAAAUUGAACUGUCGCAGCUUCUUGACACCACAGGACGUAGUCAAUGGAGUCUACAAGUUAAAUUUGGCCUUUGUUGCUAAUCUGUUCAACAAUCAUCCCGGUUUGGAUAAACCCGAACAAGUAGAAGGUCUAGAGGCCAUCGAGGAGACACGUGAAGAGAAAACUUACCGCAACUGGAUGAACUCUAUGGGUGUUAGCCCCCAUGUAAAUUGGUUGUAUUCCGAUUUAGCUGAUGGUUUAGUUAUUUUCCAAUUAUUCGAUAUCAUUAGACCGGGCAUUGUUAAUUGGAAUCGUGUACACAAACGUUUUACUCCCUUGCGUAAAUUUAUGGAAAAAUUGGAAAAUUGUAAUUAUGCUGUAGAAUUGGGUAAACAAUUGAAAUUCUCUUUGGUGGGUAUUGCUGGUCAAGAUUUAAAUGAUGGCAAUGCUACUUUAACUUUGGCUUUAAUUUGGCAAUUGAUGCGUGCCUAUACUUUGUCCAUUCUCUCACGUUUGGCCAAUUCUGGCAAUCCCAUAGUCGAAAAGGAAAUUGUACAAUGGGUUAACAAUAAAUUAUCCGAAGCUGGCAAACAAUCAACUUUGAAGAAUUUCAAUGAUCCUGCUAUUGCUGAUGCUAAAAUUGUUAUUGAUUUAGUGGAUGCUCUUAAGGCUGGCAGCAUUAAUUAUGAAUUAGUGAGAACAAGUGGCACUGAGGAGGACAAUUUGGCAAAUGCUAAAUAUGCCAUUUCCAUGGCCCGUAAGAUUGGUGCACGUGUUUAUGCUUUACCCGAGGAUAUUACAGAAGUGAAACCCAAGAUGGUCAUGACUGUAUUCGCCUGUAUGAUGGCCUUGGAUUACAUACCCAAUAUGGAUAGUGUAGAAAAUCAAAAUAAUAUUAACAACAGCAACUAAUAUGCCAAAUAUAAAAAACAAUAACAACAACGACAAAUAAUCUUAAUAACUACCACCACUACUACAAAAGAAGAAAAAAGAAAAGAUAAACAGUCAUAAAAAUAUGAUUGAAUGGAAAUGAAUUGAUAAGCAAAAAACAAAAAUUCCCGGAAAAAAUAAAACGGCAUGAAGUAAUAAAGAUUGUUUAUUCUUAUUUUUUUAUUAAAACAAAUCAAUGGUUUAUUUGCUUACAAAUAAAUAUACAUAUAUA